GGAUCACGUCCAUAAACAAAGAUUGACUUGUGGACGAUACUUCCAGAGUGGACGAAAGCUCAGCAUAUCGGCCAUCUUUAUGAGUGACAUGUGAAACCGACACAACGACCGAUGACUGGAAAAUGGGUUCACAUUCCUGGUGGCGGCAGUUUCAUGUCUCGUAUGAUGGUGUAGAAUCGACAAAUUAACAUCGUAGUCCGGCUUCUCCUCCUUCCCAUGGGAUCAUGCUGCAGUGGCCCGGACAGGGUGGAACCUGCCAAUGAAAGAGAGCUUGACAGCAUAAGCAAGGGUGAGGGAAAUGAACCAGAAUUCCAAGGCCCUGUGAAGAAUCGAAGCUGCACAGAUGUUUUCUUCUUCAUCAUCAUGCUACUGUUCAUCACUUCACUGGUUGUGUUGAUAAUAUAUUGUGCUAGCAAUGGCGACAUCUACAGAAUUAUUAAUGGCUAUGACACCUGUGGAAACAUAUGUGGCCGCUAUAAUGCACCAGUGAAAGAAUAUGACAAACUAGGAGUGUGCAUAGGAGAAGAUAUGAGCCAGAAAAAGUUACUUCAGAUAUCUUGGACUGGUCAAGUAACAAGAACCUGCGUGGACAUGUGCAGUGAACAGCGUGAACAAAUAUUUAAUCGUUGCAUUGAAAAGGCUGGUACAGGAACAGACAACACAGUAUCAAGAACAGGAUUUAAAAAUUUCUUCCAGGAAGUUUCAGAAGAUCUGGAAAUGAGCUGGAGAGAGAUUCUGUACCUGUGUCUCAUUGCUUUUGGAUUCUCUCUUAUUCUUCUCAUCCUGUUCCGCUAUGUUGUUGGUAUCCUUGUUUGGCUAGUGCUGAUAGGCGUCACUCUGGCUUGUAUUGGUGGAACUGUUUAUUUAUGGAUUUUGUGGAAGUCUAAAAAAGAUGGACUGAAGGAUAAAGAGGUCAACACAGAUGUUGCAAGUCACCUAGCAUAUGCUAUUGCUGCUACUAUUGUUACGGUUAUUGUGCUGCUGGUAAUUCUGGUUAUGAGGAAACGUAUCAAACUGGUGAUCCAGUUGUUUAAAGAGGCUGGGAGAGCCAUUAACAGCAUGCCACUGCUGCUUUUGGAACCCCUACUGACAUUUGUCGCACUAGGGGUGGUGGUAGCUGUGUGGCUUGUGUUCAGCCUUGUGAUUGAAAGUUCUGGUUUCUUUACUCCCAGUAAUCCAGCUUCUUUUGAAAAGAAUCUGACUAUGAAGGUAACCUGCUGGUACAAUUUGCUGGGACUUUUUUGGUUUGUACAGUUCUGUAUGGGCUGCCAGCACAUGAUAAUUGCUGGUGCAGUCGCAAAAUGGUUCUUCACAAGGAAUAAGAGCAACCUGGGUUUCCCCAUCUUAAGAAGUUUCUCUAACCUUGUACGCUACCAUUUGGGGACAGUGGCAAUGGGGUCUCUGAUCAUUGCCCUGGUUCAGCUCAUACGCUCCAUCCUUGCGGCCAUCCAGUAUCAGCUCAAAGGUCAAGAGAAUGCAGUCAGCAGAUGCCUGUUCAGGACAUGUCAGUGCUGCCUCUAUUGCUUUGAGAAGAUCCUCAAAUAUCUUUCACGUAAUGCAUAUAUUGAAACAGCACUCUUUGGAUACAGCUUUUGUCAAGCUGGACAACGAGCCUUCAAGCACCUGUCAUCUAAUGCACUGCGAGUUGCAGCCAUCAAUUCUGUUGGCGACUUUGUGCUCUUCCUAGGCAAGGCUCUGGUGGUUAUUGCAACAGUUCUUAUUGGCAUCAAAAUGUUUGAUGACAAGCCUGGUAUCCGCCAUGUAUGGGUACCAUUGGUUCUGACUGGACUUUUUGCCUAUCUUGUUGCUCACUGCUUCAUAACUGUAUAUGAGAUGGCAAUAGACACUAUUUUCAUUUGUUUCUGUGAGGACUGUGAACAGAAUGAUGGACUCAAUCAACCAUACUACAUGAGCAGAGGGCUUAUGGAGUUUGUUCAGAACAGCAAAAAAGCUCUGGCUGUGUUGGAUGCAUCUAGCAUGCCUCCAAGCCAGGCAUGGAGUACCACGUCUACUAGACAAGCAGCAUCUGGCAAGUGAUACAUCUGCCAUUGAAUGUUACCUGUUAUUAGACUGAAGAGGAAAUGGCAGGCGAGAGCCACAGCCUGCAGACAUGGAAUGUACAUUAUACGAGUACAACCACAUUAUACAAAGACUGAUAAUAUAGCAAAUCAUUUUGUAAGUAAGAGAGAAGUAAGUGGUGACAGCAUGUAACAUGUUACCCAGAUCUGUCUGAAGCUUGGAAUUUAUUUUUUCAUCUCUGUGCCUAAAAUUUAUGUCUGGUGACUGGAGGUCCAGUGUUGGCUGCAGCAAAUUUCUGCUUGAGAACUGCUACUUAAAUGACAAGCAGAAUGAACCCAAGAACUAUGUUUAUUCUAUAGGGUCAUACCAGAUUCAUAUUCUAACAUGCUUGUUUUCAUUUAAUUUUGUAUUGAAGAAGUUCUCUGCCUUACUUUGAUGAUGAUGAUGAUGGCCACUGUCAUGCCGCCGCCACCACCACCACCACCACCACCUAAUCCUAACAGUAGUGGGUGACAUGUAUAAACCUUUAAGUUCCUCUACUAAUUGUAGGCUUUCACGGUGGUUAAUUACUGAUGUUUCAAGGGUACAUGCUACCUCCAUAUUCUGGGUUGACCCUGAAGAUGGAGGCAGCAGGUACUUCUGAAAUGUCAGCACCAUCACCUACAGCCACAUGGUGUGACAAUCCAAGAUCAGAAUUAACACCAUGAAGUUCUUUGUUAUGCACAUACUUCCCUCAGAGUACGAUGUCAUGUAUCAUAUCAUGUAAAGUUACUGUUUUGUAUGUCCUGAUGUCUGUUUUUUUUUUUUUUUUAGCAAACAGGAUGU